AUGUCUUCUCGGGAACGACUCAAACAAAAGCAAUUUGAUUUUGAGGAUUUGCAAUUACAAGUAAAAAUAGUAGAAACUAAGUUGAGCGCGCGAGAAGCGGAGUUUAAUGAGAGGACAGAAAAAUUGCGGCGGGCGUUAGAUCGGCUGAGGAAGGUUAGGACGCGAGUCCGUGAACUAAUCGCUGCCAACGACGAAUUUCGACGCGCUUUUGAAACUACGCCCUGGGAUCUUGACAACACGGAAAACAUACCAGGCCAAGAACAAGAAUUCAUAAUGGAGUUGAUGAAGGAAUUUAAAUGCGAGCAGACAGUGAUGUCAGACCGCCAAACAGAGAAGAUGGAAUGUGGAGAACAUGUUCCGUUGGAACCAACAAGCCCGGAGAACAGCGUUUAUUCAUCUGUCAGUGACUGCCAACAAGACUGCCAGGUUAAGAUAGUGAAAGUGACCAACGUGUACAAAGUCGCAUAUCUUAGACACUUUAUCAAACAGAAAAGACUGCGGCGCGCGACAAAACAAGCGCUAUUGAAGAAAAAAAUGGAAAAUAUAAAGAAGAUAUUAGAAGACUGGCAAAAAACACUCAACAUGGUUAUUAAUAGCAAAUUAGCAAUACUGGAUAUGGACCCAAAUCGUACAGAAGCGGCGACGCAAGACGCUAUAGGUGAUUAUACUAAACCGCAACUGCGAGAGUAUUCUGACUCGGACAGCGAUCGGAGCUGGAAUCAUAACCCUUACCGCAACUGCACCUAUUGCUUUGAGGAUGUGCCGGACUUAGGAAUGUCCCGCGAAUUUUACGAGCCAAGUGAAUACACGGAUAUAAAGUGCGAAUCGGAGUACGAAGGUAAUAGACUGAAAUCACCGAGCAAGCUGUUCAUAGUCACAGAGGAGACCAGCAGCCAGAUAGCUAUAGAAGAGGUUAAGAGCGAAGCCGGUGAUGACUGGGACUGUCGCGAUACGGUCGCAAUGUGA